AUGGAAGAGAGUCAACCCCAUGGUUAUGCGCUGUCCUCAGGCGAUGUGAUGAUCGACAUGGCAGCAUCUAUCUUUGGGGUCGUUUUGCAGCGUGCUGUCAUGGCACCGUCGUACCGCGUCACCGUCCUAGCGGCUGUGGAAGGGGAGUUGGUACGUGAGGGUCGGUUGCCGCCCACCGGGUUUGGCGGCAUCAUUGGCUGCGUGCGGCGCGUCUACGCAAAGGAGGGUCUCAGGUCCUUUUUCCGUGGGUUCCUGACGGACGCCGUUCUCGCCGUGCCGUCCGCGAUGAUGGAGGAGAUGAGCUCUUCGCUGGUCUCAGCAGCGGUGGAGGCGAUGCUGCCUGUUGAUGCCGUGCAAAACAUGCCAGUGUGGGUCUACGUCGUCCUCUCGCUUACUUCCACCUCGACUGCUGUUUUGCUGGCCACACCGGUGACUGGGCUUCACAACACCAUUGUGACUAACUACGUGGGAGACAUCGUCGCACCCCACGCCGACGCCGACGCCGGGAAGGCGAAUAAGAAUGCCAAGGAAGGAAAUGGUGUGGAGGAGCAUGAAGAGGCUACAGAGGAGUCGUACAAGUACGACUCCGCGACUGAGACGGCAGCGAGUAUCCGCAAACGAUGCGGGUUUCGUGGAUUCUACUACGGUCUUGGGCUGGAUGCGAUGGCCGUGUUUAUGUACCGAGGCACGUAUUAUUACGGACUGCAGUUUCUUCCGGUGAUGCUGCAGGAAAAGUACCCGUACGCCGUCGCGCGCUCCUUGGCUAUUGUCGCCGGAUGCAUCACGCAGCCAUUUGAAGUCAUCAGUCGCCGCAUGCAGCUCACCGCGUCCUCGGGGAAGGGGAGGUACAGGAACAUGGUGGACUGCGCCCGCACGAUUGUGGCAGAGGAGGGCUAUCGCGGGUUGUGGGCGGGCCUUCGAGCGCGGCUUUUGGUGACGUGCGUUGGGAUGGUCGUUGUUGAGCUGCGCCGUUUUAUUUGA